AAGGGAGGAAAACGCUGUGAGACUUGCUGAGAGGAAGGGAGGAAAACGCUGUGAGACUUGCUGAGAGGAAGGGAGGAAAACGCUGUGAGACUUGCUGAGAGGAAGGGAGGAAAACGCUGUGGCAUGGGCGAGUGGGCUGCAGCAGAAUCUCACUCUCAUGCCCUUCCCCUCCGCACUUAUGCCUUCUCACUCUCAUACCCUUUCCCUCCCCCCAAUGCCCCUCUCCCUCACAACGUCCUGCCGGUUGAUCAUCUGUUUUCCCCAUCGCUCGCUUAUGAUCUGCCACAUAGCCACUCUGCCCUCCUCCCUCCGCCUCUACCUCCCUUGUCUUGCACCCCCCUCCCCCCCUUCGCCUCUUCCUCCCCUAACUUGCCACUUCCAUCUCACCAUGCGCCUCCCCAUCCCCUCGCUCUCUUUCCCUCUUGCCUUUUCGCCAUCCCUCUCAAGUCCCUUCCCCCCUAAUCCCUUCUUCACGUCCCCAAGUCGUCCCCCCUUCCCCCUCCGCCACUGCCUUGCGCCUUUUGCCUCCCUCCACCCUUCCUCGCGCCCUUCCGGUUCCCUACCCCUUCCCCUCCAUUUCCCCUCUCUCUCCCCUCCCUUUCCCUGUGCUUUCCCUACGCCUUCCCCUCACUUUCCCUUCCCUUUCCCCUCCCUCUCCCCUGACCUUUCCCUGACUGCAGGGGGAGUGGUCGAGUGGACUGCGACGGGUGCUGUGGGCGAGGGGGGUUGGGGGGAAUGGGGCAGCAAAGUCAGAGGUAGUGCACCCAGUGAGGAGAGCGAUGGAGGGGAAGGAAAACCAGGAGAGAUGGGACGAGAUGGUGCUGCCUCUGCUCCCCUCCGGCCCCCUCUCGUUUCCCCCUCUCCCUUCCCGUCCCCAGUGCCCUCCCUCCUGGCACCCUUCCCUUGACUGCAGGGGGGGCGGAAGAAUGAAGAGCAGCGGAUGCUGCACACUAGAGAGGGGGGGCUCUGACCAAGAUUCAGCACAUAUGAAGUUUGAGCGUGUGAUGCCAAUAGUACAUCUGCAACAGCAUCUAAAAAAUCACGACCCCUUUGUUUACGGCUAAGGGGUUGUGAGGGAAUAUUGGGGUUUGGGUCCACGGCCACUACUUACCGUUUACACGCAUUUGGGUGAGAUCUGUUGGAAAUAGGCAUGGAGCUGCUGCAAACGUUGCAAUUUCGACCUUUUUCAGGUUGCGCGCCCCCGGAUUUCGUUUCAGCGCGGUCCGAUGUUCAGCAUCUACGGUUGACAAUCCAAUUUUUUUUCGAAUGGUUGAGAUUUCUCGACAGACCCUAGGCAUGCGCGAUCGAUUGGUUGAUUGAAAACAUUGUUUCCGCCGAACCAUGAUGUGUACGAAGAUGUUAGAAAGAGACUAUGAAUAGAAUAGGAAGAUAUAG